AUGGAAAUAUUCGACGCAAUUUCUGACUAUCUUGAAACAAAAGGCCUGCACCGUUCAGCUUAUCUCCUCCGUCAAACCUUAAAAUCAUCAUCUCCCAAGCUCAACAACGCUGAGUCUGCCAAAAAACUUUUAUCCCACAUCCUCACCUCCCUUCAAAAUAAAGAAAAUCAAAAUUCCCACACAGGAAUUGCUCCAGAAAAUGAAGACGUUAUGGAAAACCUCAUGUCACGGAUAAUUUCAAGCCCAGCUGUAAGUGAAUACCAAGAAAUGUCAAAAGGCUUUGAUUCCUUGCUAAACCUCCGAGCCUUUCACAAAAUGGUAAAAUGUGCUGAACAAUUAUUUUUUGAAAAUGAGAGCCAAAAUCAAUCAUCAGUUGCAGCUGAAAGCAACAAAAAUCUUGAAUCCUCAGAAGAAGACCUCCCUUGUUUUGGACAAGGAAGUAGCAAUAAUUCAGUUCAUGAGAGCAAGACAAGCGAAAUAAAAUCUCAGCUUUCCCAGGAUGAGAUUUUUGAAACUUCUGAUGUGAGGGAAGAGCCAAAAAGUAAAGAAGUUUCUAAGAUAAUUGAUGAUGAAUAUGAAAAUGAUGAUGACCCUGGUUUCGAGCUCUACCAAUGCAAUGAAGAAGACUUAGUCUAUGUAAGCAAACAAUUAGCCCAAAAAUAUGGGUUUCCACAGCGAGCUUCCUGCCCUAAAAAACUGCUCAAGCCAAGAACACCUAAAGGUGGAAUUAAGCCUGCUGGGCCAAACUCACUAUUGCCAGCUGAAUUAAUAUUCCCACCAUCAGAUGAAAGUAUGUACCCUUUGGAAUAUGAAAAUGUGACUUAUGAUUGCUAUCAUUUAAAAGUCAUUUACGACAGAGAACGAACUGGGUUUGAAGAAACCAAAGAUUUUCCUGUUAUUAUUGAUAGUGUUAUUGCUGGGAGAUAUCAAGUCAUUGAAUAUUUAGGUUCUGCAGCUUUCAGCAAGGCGCUGCAAUGCUUAGACAUGCUGACGAAACAGCUUGUAUGUGUAAAAGUGAUAGAAAAUAAUAAGGAUUAUGUCGAUCAAAGCUUAGAUGAAAUUAAAAUUUUGAGACUUAUCAAUUGCAAUGCAGAUCCUGAUAAGACAAACUUCUUGAAAGUCAUUGAUUACUUUUAUCAUAAAGAACAUUUAUUUAUUGUGACAGAGCUUUUAAGGGAUAAUUUAUAUGAGUUUUCGAGAUACAACAGAGAUCAUGAAGCUGAGCUCUACUUUAACUUAGGCAGGCUCCAAAGAGUGACUCAACAAAUUUUGAUAGCGCUUGAAUAUGUCCAUUCGUUGCACUUAAUACAUUGUGAUUUAAAGCCAGAAAACAUUUUGAUGAAGUCUUAUUCAAGAUGUGAGGUAAAAGUGAUUGAUUUUGGAAGCAGUUGCUUUAUACAUGAUCAUUUGAGUUCUUAUGUCCAAUCUCGCUCAUAUAGAGCGCCAGAGGUCAUUUUGGGAUGUAGGUAUGAUAGCAAAAUUGAUAUUUGGUCACUAGGCUGCAUUGUAGCAGAAUUAUUUACAGGAAAUGUAUUAUUCCAAAAUGAUAGUGUCCAAGGCCUAUUAGCUCGUGUUAUGGGGAUUAUUGGACCAUUCCCAGAAGAUGUAUUUAAAACUGGCAAAUUAAUCAAGCAUUUCUUUACAGAUGAUAGGAUUCUUUAUAGAGUAGUUGAAGAGGAUAAAGACGAAUCAUUUACCCCAACUUCAUCCGUCACAAAAAUUCAUUUACUAGUGCCUAAAAAAUCAAGCUUAAAAGCAAGGCUGAGAACUGAUGAUGAAGUGUUUUUAGAUUUUGUUGGAAAAUUAUUAGAAAUUGACAGAGACGCCAGGCCAACUGCAAAGGAAGCUUUAGAGCACCCAUGGUUUAAAGUAAAAUACCCGGAUGGACUUUAA